UGAUUCUUGUUUGAUUGAUUGAUUGGUCGAUGAAAGUGAAAAAAAAAAUUUGUUACCCACAAAACUUUUCCUCUCAGAAUCGCAAGAAUUAGCGAUGAGCUCCAGUAUACUGCGGUCGAAACUACAAAUAUGUGUUCCAAAAGCGGACGAAGUGGUAGUUCGAUAUCUGUCCGAGGUGUUUGAAGAACCCUCCUUCGAACUUAUAGAACUGAUAAACGCGUUAACUCCUAUUUUUACCGAAUUUGGUGCCAACUCUCCUAAGGAACAGAUUACAGAACUUUAUACAGAUCUGCAUCCCGAUCUUCUGGAAGCCGAUGAAGAGGAAGAAGAAACUCUAGCAAGACUAAGCCGCCCUGUGCGCCUUGCAGACAAAUUUGGAGAAAGACAAGCCGAUCAAAACUCAAAGAGACUUGAGAACCUAGUCGGAGUAACUCAAACAAAAGGCUCUAUGGGUGGAAAUGCCAACGAAACACUCGAUCGUUCUAAGGAAGCUGCUUUGGCUAGAGAUAUGGCAAGGGAACGUAAAGCAAAGCGAAGUGGGAAACCCUACCAAAGUUCUUUCGCCGAAUCCGCAACAGUCUCGCUUUCGUCAAGCACAAAACAAACUCAGGAAGGUGUUCGAGAUAUUAAGAUAGAUGGUCUUGACUUAUCUUUCGGGGGUUUAGAAUUGCUGAGCAACGUGAACUUGAUUUUGACUUACGGACGUAGAUAUGGUAUAGUUGGUAGAAAUGGUGUGGGUAAGAGCACACUUAUGAAGGCCAUCGCUCAUAGAGACCUUCCAAUUCCAUCCGAUAUGUCAGUUCUGUAUGUAGAACAAGAAGUUGUGGGUGAUGAACGUACUCCUUUACAAUAUGUGUUGGAGAGUGACGAGGAAAGAAGACAACUGACUGAGAAAAUACUCAGUUAUCAAAACUCAUCUGAGGAUAGUGUGGACUCGAAGGAUAUUUCGGCAACUUACGAAAGAAUGUCUUUAUUGCAAGCGGAUAAAGCAGAGUCUAGAGCUAGUGCUAUUCUUGCAGGACUUGGUUUUAAUAAUGAAAUGCAACAACAGCCUUCGAAACAGUAUUCAGGUGGAUGGAGAAUGAGAAUUGCAAUAGCACAAGCUUUGUUUUGUGAACCUGAAUUAUUGCUUUUAGAUGAACCUAGCAAUCAUCUCGAUUUACACACAGUCUUAUGGUUAGCCAAUUACUUGCAACAGUGGCCACAUACUCUCUGUGUGGUUUCGCACGAUAGAGACUUUUUAAAUCACAUUUGUACAGAUGUAAUUCAUCUGAAUGACAAGUCUCUCUGUUACUAUUCCGGAAAUUACGAUGACUUUGAAAGAGCUCGAAAGGAAAGGGUAAAAGACUUGGAAAGACAGGCAGCCAAUCAAGAAAUGAAGAUGAAGCAUAUGCAGCAGUUUGUGGAUCGUUUUCGGUACAAUGCCAAACGUGCAUCAUUAGCACAGAGUCGUUUGAAGGCAAUCGAAAAGAUUCAGCAGAACCGAGUCUAUGUACCUGAAGAGGAAGAACAACAUGCUUUCUUCUUCCCGGAUCCUGGUCCUCUUGUUGGUAGCCAUGCAACUUUACAACUUAGCAACGUUUCAUUCGGCUAUGAUUCGCCACCUUUGAAAUCUUCUUUGAAGAAAAUAGACUCUGAGGGUCGUUUGAUUCUCGACCAAGUUGAUUUCUGUGUAGCAACGGACUCAAGAUAUGCCAUAGUUGGUCCAAAUGGCGCGGGGAAGACCACUUUUUUAAAACUCAUAACUGGAGAACAUGUUCCUUUUUUGGGUGAGGUACGCAAGUCACCAAAGAUGCGCUUGGGAUACUUUUCACAGCACCAUGUGGAGCACUUGGUUCUUGCUAGAACACCAUUGGAGCACUUGAUACAUUGUUUUCCUGAUGCUGACCAUACACUUCUUCGUGGACAUUUGAGCAACAUGGGUAUUAAGGGAGAAAUGGCACUGCGACCAAUUUUCACUCUUUCUGGUGGACAAAAGAGUCGCGUUGCUUUGGCUGUUAUUACCUUCAAAAGGCCACAUAUUCUUGCACUGGAUGAACCUACAAACCACUUGGAUAUUGAAACUAUUGACAGCCUGGUGGAGGCGCUCAAUUCCUUUCAAGGAGGAAUUGUUCUAGUAAGCCACGAUGCAAGACUAAUAUCUCAAGUUUGUGACGACAUAUUUGUAUGCAAAAAUGGCAAACUGACGCAUUUUGAUGGCUCUUUUGAGGAGUAUCGUGAAAGAGUUUUGAAGAAACUUCCUCCUGCGCAAUAUAUAGGGAAAAGUUCUCACGUUUAGAGUUUGUUCAAUAGCGAUAUAGGCAUGUUAUUUUGUUACUGAAAUAAAGUACUGAGGCCCAAACCAUUUUCACAGAAUUA